AUGCCAAAACUGGCACCUUUUAAUGCUGAGGCUCUCUCCCUGCCUGCCCAAGUAUAUGCCCACUGGCACACCAUGCUAGUGGUGAGCAUUUCAGGCAUGAAUGGGCCACCAUGUGUCCAGUCACAAGUGACAGGAGGCUCUGCCUCUUUUAUUGAUGAGUCCCGUCGUUUGGUUACAUCUGUUCAUGCCCGUGAUGAGCCAAAGACAAAUGGGGCAUCACUGGAAAGAGGAUUGCCAGCCUCUAUCGAUGCCAACCCGCAGAGACCAGAUGCCUAUGUCCCUUCUCAGUUGCUAGUGAUGUCUGCCCAUGCCGUCACAGAACAUGAGCUGUUGGAUAAAUUGUGCCUGUCGAGCAACAAACCAAAACAUUAUCACCCCCAACUGAAUGCUGAGCACCCUCUCCAAGUUUCCCCCACAGCACUCCUUGACGGAGCCCUCUACCUCUCGGAGACUGACAAACUCCCUUCAGAUAUCACAGGCUCAGAGGAGGAGGAGGAGGAGGAGGAGGGCUCUUACCUGAUUGUGCUUCUGGAAGUGGACUGGCACUCGGGCAGCCUAACUAUGUUCACCAAGGAGGAUUUUGAAGGAGAUUGGCUCAAGGUGGCCAGUGGGCUUUUUGGCCAAGUCUUCCGAGUGAAACACAAGCGAUGGAAGACUGCCUUUGCGGUGAAAUGCUCCUCUUGCUUUCCACAGGAUUCUAGCCCUGACAGAACCAACAUGAACCGUCUAAUUGAAGAGGCAGCCAAGAUGGAGAAAAUCAAAUUCCAGCACGUUGUGUCCAUCUGUGGUGUAUGUGAUAGCCCCUUGGGGGUUGUCAUGGAAUACAUGGCCAACGGGUCCUUGGAGAAGAUUCUUCCCACCCAUCAGAUGGCUUGGCAGCUCAAGUUCCGGAUCAUCCAUGAGACAAGUUUGGCCAUGAACUUCUUGCACAGCCUGAGACCUCCUUUGCUUCACUUGAACCUAAAGCCAGGAAAUAUCCUGCUGGACGCCAACAUGCAUGUGAAGAUUUCAGAUUUUGGAUUCUCCCAGUGGGUGGAACAGUCAAGUCAAAUGCAGUACAUUGAGAGGUCAGCCCAGAGGGGCAGCUUGUGCUACAUCCCUCCUGAGACACUUCUGCAGAACUCCAGCUGUUCAGGAACUGAAUUUGAUGUCUAUAGCUUUGGGAUUGUCAUCUGGGAGAUUCUUACCCAGAAGAAGCCAUAUCCAGAGGCCAAAACAAUGGCUGUCAUCAUCAGCGUGGCAACAGAUGUCGUGGUGGAGACGGACACGCUACUGUCCCUAAUCCAACGGCCCCUGGUGGACCUGGAGAAUGAGCGCCUCUCCAGGAAGAUGUCACUGAAGCCCAGUUUCUCUGGGAGUAAAGAGAGAAGUGAUACAAAAGGAUCCAGUCCCUUUCAGGGAACACACAAAAGUGAUGCUGAGAAUGCUAAGGAUCAAUUCCACAGUUUCCCCCAGAAUGAGGUUGAAAGUUUUGAAGCUCUGAUAACGUUGGAAAAAGUCAAUGAGACCCAUGAAAACAUCCUUCACCUCAUGGUUGCUUCAGGGAACCUGGAGAAGGUGAAAAUCCUGUUGAGGCAGGGAGCAGAUGUGAACAAGAAGAUAGCCUGUGAUUACGCUCCCCUCAUCCUGGCUGUCCAAAAGAGGUCUCUGGAGACCAUCUCGCUCCUUAUUGAGCAUGGUGCAGAUGUCAACACGACCGAUGAGGACAAGUGGUCACCUCUUCAUUUUGUGGCUCAGAAUGGAGACGACCGGAUUGCACGCCUGUUGCUUGAUCACAAGGCCAAUGUUGAUGCCCGAGAACUUGAUGGGUGGACACCGCUCCACUUGGCCUCCCAGAACAACUUUGAAAAUGUGGUUCGGGUCCUCCUGUCACGCCAAGCUGACCCCAACGUGCAGGAGAAUGAGGGACAGACUGCCUUGCAUGUGGCAGCUUGCUAUGGGCACAUCAGGCUCGUCAAAAUGCUGGUCAGCCAAGGAGCAGACUUGGAAAGGAAGCAGAAGAACCUUCGGACUCCGCUUCAUCUCGCUGUAGAGAAAGGCAAAUUCAUGGUGGUCCAGUACCUUCUGAAGAAGGGUGCAGAGGUCAACAGCCUGGACCAGAAUCAUUACAGUGCUCUACAUAUGGCUGCAGCGAAAGGGAAAUACCUUAUCGGUGAGAAGCUGCUAAAAUACGGAGCCACUGUGGACCUGAGGACGGACAAAGGAUGGACACCUUUGCACCUGGCUUCCAUCAAAGGCCGAGGCAGCCUGGAAUGGACUCCUCUACACUUGCCGGUGCACUACAGUGAGGAGACUGUGAUUUCCAAGUUGCUAAGGAGUGGAACAAACCCCAACGUUGCUGAGAAUUCUGGCUGGACCCCACUCCACCUGGCAGUGCAACGGGGCGAUUUCUCCAGCAUCCUCAACCUCCUUGAGCACAAGGCAGACAUCAACAUCAAGAACAAGGUGGGCUGGACGCCUAUACACCUUGCGGUGCUCAAAGAUAAUGCAGCCAUCGUAAAGACUUUGCUCGACGCUGGGGCCCUACUAGAGCUGGAGGACAGUUCAGGGUGCACCCCUCUCCAGCUUGCCGUCAGGAAUCAGAAGCAAAGCAUUGUGGACUUGCUGCAAGGCAAGGAGUCCUCAAAAGCCAGUCUAAAGGGCCAUGAGGGGUGA